CGAGCUUGUCUAUGUUCUCUUGUGAUAGAAAUCCUCGUGUAGACCGGGAUUUUCAUUUCUUUUUUGUAAUUUAUUACUAAAUCUCGAAACAUGGCUGCAAUUAGCUUGUUAAAUCCUAAGGCUGAGUUUGCCAGGGCUGCCCAAGCUUUAGCUGUAAACAUUUCAGCAGCAAAAGGAAUUCAAGAUGUGAUGAAAACUAACCUCGGUCCCAAGGGAACAAUGAAAAUGUUGGUGUCUGGUGCUGGAGACAUCAAAAUCACGAAGGACGGCAAUGUGUUGCUUCAUGAGAUGCAGAUCCAGCACCCGACAGCAUCGCUGAUCGCGCGCGCCUCCACUGCCCAGGAUGACGCCACCGGAGAUGGCACCACCUCCACUGUGCUGCUUAUUGGGGAGCUUUUGAAGCAGGCUGAUAUUUACAUAAGUGAAGGUCUGCACCCGAGGAUCAUCACUGAAGGCUUCGACAUCGCGCGUCAGAAGUCGCUCGAAGUCCUGGAGUCCAUGAAGAUCCCCAUUGAGGUCACACGGGAGAACUUGCUGGAUGUCGCUCGCACCUCGCUCAAAACCAAGGUCCACUCGAGCCUGGCCGAGCUGUUGACUGACGCGUGUGUGGACGCCGUGCUUGCCAUCCGCACGCCCGGCAAGCCUGUGGACCUGCACAUGGUGGAGCUCAUGGAGAUGAAGCACAAGACCGCCACCGAGACCACACUCAUCAGAGGUCUGGUAUUAGACCACGGCGCGCGUCAUCCGGACAUGCCGAAGCGCGUGGAGAACGCGUACAUCCUCACGUGCAACGUGUCGCUCGAGUAUGAGAAGACUGAGGUCAACUCUGGCUUCUUCUACAAGUCGGCCGAGGACCGCGAGAAGCUGGUUGCUGCUGAACGCGAGUUCAUUGACUUGAGGGUUAAGAAGAUCAUUGAGCUGAAAAAGAAAGUGUGCGACGGUACCGAUAAGACGUUCGUCGUCAUCAACCAGAAGGGCAUCGACCCGCUGUCGCUGGACAGCCUCGCAAAGGAGGGCAUCCUCGCGCUGCGCAGAGCCAAGCGCCGCAACAUGGAGCGACUGUCGCUCGCGUGCGGCGGCGUCGCCGUCAACUCCCUUGACGACCUCACGCCCGAGACGCUCGGCUACGCCGGCCUUGUCUACGAGCAUAUCCUCGGCGAAGAGAAGUACACCUUCGUGGAACAGUGCAAGAACCCACUCUCCGUCACCAUCCUCAUCAAGGGCCCCAACAAACACACACUAAUCCAAAUCAAGGACGCCGUUCGCGAUGGCCUCCGCGCCAUCAACAACGCCAUUGAAGACAAGUGCAUCAUCGCCGGCGCCGGCGCCUUCGAGAUCAAGGCCAACACUGAACUGCAGAAGUUCAAGGACACGGUCAAAGGCAAGGCCCGACUCGGCAUCCAGGCAUAUGCAGAAGCCUUGCUGGUUAUUCCCAAGACGCUAGCUAUCAAUUCCGGUUACGACGCGCAGGACACGAUCGUGAAGCUGCAAGAGGAAUCCCGUUUGAGCCCCGACCCUAUCGGCUUAGACCUGAGUACUGGUGAAGCUUCCAAACCAACUGAUUUAGGCAUUUUCGAUAACUAUCUUGUAAAGAAGCAGAUUCUCAAUUCCUGCUCAGUAAUUGCCAGCAACCUCCUGCUCGUUGACGAGAUUAUGAGAGCUGGUAUGAGCAGCCUCAAAGGAUAAUAACUUCUUUUGAGGGCCCCUUUUAAGUUCACAAAAAGUAUUUGCUUUAUUUUAGUAUAAUGCACUAAUGCAUUCUAAUUUCGACUUCACUUCACUUAUGUAUUACGCAGGAUGAUAUAUAUAAUAUUCUGUCGAUAUUGCGAUUUAAUAUGAUUAAUAUUAAUUAACUUUACAUAAAGGUACUAAUAAUAUUAAAA